AUAUUGCCUUUCGAUGGACGUCUAGUCAUUCUAUGUUUUCUUCAGGGUGACUGGUGGUCGCCCUCUUCUUAUUCUAUUGACUUUUCUUGAACUUUUCUUUCAAACACUUGGAAUUGGUUAAAGGAUGUUAAUGAACAUGAUCGAAAUCCUUGUGAACGAUAGAGUGGUGGCUGCCAACACUCUCGAGGAGAUGCUCGACACUCUGCUAGAGUCUAUGGCCAGAUUGCUGGAUCGUCUCCAGCGCGGUCGAAGAAUGCUGGAACACGUCGUCGGGAACGGCGACGGGGGAGUCGACGACGAAUUUGAAGAAAUUCGCCGAGCAAGAUUCAACAUCUUGAUCGGUGUGCUCGAGGGCUUGUCACUGAAAGCCAAAGGAGUCAGGAAGGCAUACAAAGCCACAAAGGCAUUGCGUGACAGAUGCAAAAUUUCCGCCCCAUGCUUACUUUUUUGGAUUCAAACAUUCGGCAAUGGGGUACCCUACGACUUGACGAAAUCAAUCAAAUUUUGAGGCAAAUGGGGCCCGUCUAGGUGAUCUUUCAACACGGCGGGAGGAAAGCUGGGAUUAUCCAACUUUCAAAUAAUGAUGCACAUCUAAUGUUCGGACCACCGAGACGCAUGAUAACGGUAGAAGACCACUUCCGCAGACGCUACAACGUGCAACUAAGACACCCCGAACUCAGACUCUUCCACUUCAACAAUGAACCACAAGCGAAAUCGCCCAUCGAGGCAGCCAUCAUAAGAAGACUAUGAUCGGCUGAUUGUCUUUUUUUUUUCACAAAAUCACAAAAAAUUGUCUUUUAUCUUUUUUUUUAAAUAAAAUGUAUUUUUC